AUGAAUCAGAUGAAUGUUGGGAUGAACCCUGGGGCUGGGGGCCCUGUGGGCGGAGUGCCCAUGAUGAACAACGGAUCCACUGCUUCUCGUAAUGACGGCGCUAUGAACAAUCCCGACAUCAUGAUUAACAAUCUCAACACGUAUAUCUAUGAUUAUUUCUUGAAGCGUGGAUACCACGAUUGCGCCCGUGCACUCGUGCAAGAUGAAUCCAUCAAACUCAAUACCGACACCAAUCCCAAGUCGAGCCCCGGAAAUCGGCGUGAUGGAGACGUGAAUGGCAUGGAUCCUGAUUCCAUGAUGACUGAUGGAAAGGAUGGCGAGAAGAUGAAAAUCCCCGACGAUCUCCCCCGCCCAAAUCUUCCCAAUGAAAGCGCCUCGUCAUUCCUUCUCGAUUGGUUUUGUCUCUUCUGGGAGUUCUUUUGGGCUCAACGCAAGAGGGGCAACAGCAAUGAUAUCAGGCAGUACCUCCAACACACUCAAAAUUUCCAGCGCAUGCGGGAACAGCAGCACAAUCAAUUCAUGCGACAGCAGCCCAUGAUGCCUGGUCAGAUGAACCAGCUGCGGCGACCGAAUAACAUGAUGCCUAGCCUGCAGAAGGCCGUGCUGCAGAACAAUACCGCUGGACUUACGCCGCAGCAACAACAAAUGGCGCAAUACCAGAAGACCCAGCAAAUGCAGAUGAUGCAGCAAAUGCGGGAAUCCGAAAUGGAGAUGGGUGGACAUCGACCACAAUCACCAGCGUCUGCCGACAACGCCCCAUCACCAUCGAAACGCCCACGCCUCGAAGGCGCUGUCAACGGACAGCAGCUGGCACCGAACGGUCGUGGACAGGGACAGGGAAUGCCCGGACAGCCCAACCAGAUGAUGAUGCAGAAUGGAAUGCAGAGGGGGAUGAAUCCAGCGCAAUUCCAGCAUUUCCAGCAGGGACAAGCUGCGCAACAGAAAUCUAUGCAGGUAUAUGCUCAAAACUUGGCCCUCCAUCACGAACGCACCCGCUCAGCAUCCAAUUCUCAGGGUAUCCCAAAUGGUGGCAUGAUGAACCCAGGUGUCAUGGCGAGUCAGGGGGACCUGGUGCCCAUGCCAGAUGGUCAAGGGAUGUACCCUAUGGCGGGCGGUCCUGAGUUCUACAACGCGAACGGUCAAAUCGGCCAGGUCCGACCCGGUGGCAUGCAGGCGACUGGUAACCCUCAGCAUGGCAACCACGCCCUCCAAGAUUAUCAAAUGCAGCUGAUGCUGCUCGAACAGCAAAACAAGCGACGCCUGAUGAUGGCUCGUCAAGAGCAGGACAGUAUGGCCCGCGCCGAUGGCCAGCCCCCGAUGCCCGGCCAGGGAGGUUUGCCACCGGGCACUUCGCCUGGUAGCCGGACGGGCGCAUCUCCUAAUCCUAAUGAACAAAUGAAACGGGGCACACCUAAGAUGCCCCCCACUGGGCUUCCCGGCUCGCCCAACGCUGGCGAUAUGUCCCAGCGUGGAUCACCCGGUUCGAUGAACAUGAACGGUGGGCAGAUGCCCCCGGAGAUGAUGGGGGCUCAGUUCUUCCCUGGAGCGCAUAUGCGCCCCCCAGUUCUAACCCCGCCUUCACUGGGGCCCAAAUGGGCCAGCCAGUUCCGGCUAAUGCCGGCCAGCGCUGGAACCCCGCAGGAACGAAGCGCGAUGCCUCCGCCCUCGGCGCCUCCCCCAACAGGCCCCAACGCUGGCCGUACCCAGCCGGCAUCACCUCAGACAGCUGGCAACGCGCCGCCGACGCCACAACAGGCUACCAAAGCUGCGCCCAAGGGCAAGAAGGACACUAAGGACACCCGCAAGCGGCCCAACAAAAAGCAAGCUGCUGCUGCUGCCAGCGCGGCCGCAGGUGCCACCCUGUCCACCGAAAGCGCAGAGCCACCGACUCCAUCUACCCCCGUUACGCCGCAGCAUCCUGCCUCUUUCAAUAAGAAUGGAUCUAACGGCGCGAAUGGACCAGCCCCGGCACAGCCCACCUCGGCCCCUGCCCCCCAGGCUAUGGUCCAGCCACCUCCCGAUCAACAGCAAAACUUCAAUGACCUCAGUAUUCCCGAUGCUUCUGCAUUCAACCUCGACUUCAGCGCUCUGGAAAACCCCGACAUUCUGGAGAACUUUGACUUUGACACAUUCCUCAACACGGACGCCGAUGCCACCGGAUUUGGGUUUGACCCCAGCAUAUCCUAUUCGGCCGACGGUGUUGAGACAGGUGCGGGUGACGGCCUGUGA